GUUUGACGCGCCGACUUCCAUAGCACAGGCGCGUCUGAUAGAAAGCAGUAAACUAUGCGGGAUAUUUCUCGGUGACUGAGCAUCAUUUAUUUAUUUCGCGGUGAUAAGACGUUCGGCGCCUAUAAGCUCAUGUCUGACCGUGAACGGAGCUAUUUCAACGUUACCCUCCACCUGCACUUAAUUGUUUCGGAGUUUUGCUCUCGGUGGCUGCGUGCGCGUAACUUUCAGACGAGGACAAAUAUUUGGAAUUUGGGGCAUUUUGGCACAAGACGGGACACCGUGUGCGCCAGGCGUCAGACAUAGAAGUCAACAAGUGUCUCUCAUACUGUAGGAGAAGAGACAGAGAUAUAAAAGCUUGUUGAAGUUGCUGAAUGGAAAGUUAGUUUUGUCUUUCUUGGUCGCGGGACAUUUCAAGUGGAUCACAUUUCAUUUACGGGAAGGCGGAUAAGUUCUUCAGAGUUUUUACGAGUUUCUUUAUUACUCACCAUGAGUUCACCGGUGGUUUUCCAGAUAUGGACGGUUUUUUUGUUGGGGACUUUAACCGGGGUCACAUGGGGUGAUUUGUCCUCCGCCAGACUGCUGAGGGGCAACAUCAGGAGAGACGACUCGUACCGCAAAGAGGAAAACAUCUCAGUAACGGCAGUGGGCGGAGCCAUCCUCAGCCCGCGCUUCCCCAACGCUUACCCCCGCAAUCUGCUGUUGUCAUGGAAACUGCUGUCACCACGAGGGAGCCGCAUACACCUGGAGUUUGACGGACACUUUGGCCUGGAGGAGGCUGAGAAUGGAGUGUGCAGGUAUGACUUUGUGGAAGUGGAGGACCAAUCAGAGACCAGCACUAUAAUUUGGGGUCGUUGGUGUGGGCUGAAGGCACCGCCUAGUCUCAACUCCAAAAACAACAUGCUCAGAGUCACCUUCAAGUCUGACGAUUACUUUGUUGCAAAGCCAGGAUUCAAAGUCUACUACUCACUGGUGUAUGACCCCCCUCUGCCUGCAUUCAACACCAACUGGGAGGCUGUCACUACGCUCAUGGCGGACAGUGGUGCAGGGCAGAAGCCAGCGGCAGUCACAGAGGUCCCUUUCUCAUUGGAGGAUUUGGACCGGACCAUAGCUGCCUUUGAUACUGUAGAACAGCUUAUCAGAUCCCUGAGCCCAGAAACCUGGAGACAGGACCUGGACAGUAUCUAUACUCAAACACACAUACAUUAUAAAUCCAGGGCCUAUCAACUGGCAGGCAGACAUAAUAAAGUUGAUCUGAACCGUCUCUAUGAAGACGUCAAGCGGUACAGCUGUACGCCUCGCAACUACUCUGUGAACCUGCGCGAGGAGCUGAAGGCCACCAAUGCCGUCUUCUUCCCACGAUGUCUGCUAGUCAAACAGUGUGGAGGCAACUGUGGCUGCGGAACUCAGAACUGGAACAACGGCUGCACCUGUGAGGCCUCCAAGAAGACACUCAAAUUACACGAGGUGCUGAAGUACAGCCCGGAUGUCUCUCUGUAUCAGCGCCAUCGGAGGCCGCGGGUGCGCUGGGUCAUAGAUGAGAUCUUCCUCACACACCAUGAAAAGUGCGAGUGCGUUUGUCCCUCCCAGCCCCCCCGUUGACACGUCCAAACUGGCGCACGCAUCUGGAAUUGUUGGACAAUUUCUCCUUUAAUCUAUUUUGCAACUGACUUCAUAUAAUUGCAGCAACGCAGACACAAGCAGAAAAGAAGAAGGCACCGAUUGGACUGACCAACCGCUGCUUUCAUUAUACCCAUAUGACAUUUGUUCUUGCAAGUAAACCUUCAUCUGUCCACAGGCCAAACCUGUAAAUGCAUAACUGUUUCAAUGUUUUCGUUGUUUCAAUCAAAGUUUUUUCCUCCAAUAACCAAAUACGGAAGAUACUUUGGACACAAAAAACAAAUACCACACUAUGAAAAAAUUGACAUCAGUAUUGUACCAAACAUGCAUUUACAUUUUGAUUUGAGGAGUUGAAUGCCAACUUGAUUGAAUUUAAAUUGAAUCAAUUUCAACCCCUGUGUGAACAGUUUUUUUAUUCCUAUCUCAUGUGUGUGUAAUGGGUUCCUUUAUAUUAUAAAGAGAGUGUUUGUAGAAACUUAAGGCACUUAUCGUGCCAGGAGCAUGCUGAGAUGAGUGAGCGUGAGACAGGAGGGAGGGAGAGGGGUUGGACGAAGUGUAAACCACAAUAACACUUUGUCUUGAUGUGAAAUUAAGCAAACCACAACCUUACAGAUCUGAAUUGCACCCUAACAUAAUGUAUAUUCAAGCUUCCCUUUGUUGGUCCUUCCAUCCAUACACUUCCUGCUCCCUUCUUUCUUUGUCACUGACUCCAUCUCUCUCUUUCUACACACACACACACACACACACACUUUCUUUCCCUUCAUCACUCACUCUCUUAACACAUAAAAAAGGAGACGUCAGAUCGGGCAGCUGCGCUCUGCUCAGUUUUCUGAGCAUUCCUGGCAUUCCAACUGCUAACUGGAAUUCUGUUAACACGGAUAAAACUGUGAUCGUCAGACCCUAAACACAAUCUGUAAGAAGAGAGAGAGAGAUGAUUAGGAGAGGCGGCUGACAGAAAAGGGACAAUCAAGCCGCCUAUUCGUAGAUUACCAGCACUUCUGGAUGAGAGAUGAGAUAGGAGCCACUUUCAAGAUACAUCAUAAAAGGAUUGAAGCUACUUAAGCGGUUCCAAUCAGCAUGUUCAUAUAUUCAGCUCGCCUGAUUUUUUUUGUCAAGCUGCUUUUUUUUCCUGACAAAGAUCCUGAAAUGUAUCACAAUCUGACCCACUGCUUUAUAAAUCUGCAGUGGUACCACAGUGGAAAAAAAGAUCUGUGGGAAUUAGAGUAAUGUUCUAGGUCUCUGCUGAAAAUACAACUGAUACUUAAGAGAGAGUGUGUGUGUAUGUGUGUGUGUCUCUGUCUCUGCCAGUAACAGCUCAGGAAGACGUCCUUUUGUUUAAGGGGUGGAGGGUUACCAACAGUCUGUGAGAGCUGGCAGCAGAUACAAGCAUGGGAAUGGUCGGCAUGUGACUGUGCGUGCAAGUGUGCGUUUGUGUGUCUGUGUGUGUGUGUCUGUGUGUGUGCCUAGGUAGCAAGAGUAUCAAAGCAAUAGAGCAAGAAUUCAAAGUAACUGCUUAUCUCUACCAAAUACACGACCCAGCUCUGAGAAAUAAAUCAGUCAUCUCUCCAUCAUCACCUCCCAUGUGUCACACGGCAGCACUUGUAUGUGCCUGUGUAAGUCACAGGUGUUAUUUGGCAGGUGGUGGAUACAAAAUAUCCGAAGAAAUCUUAAAUAUAUUAAAAGCGUGUCAGGUUGUGUGGUAGUCACAUUUCCAAGUAGUUUACCCCACACACACACACACACACACACACACACACAGUUGUUUUUAGCUAUAGCUCAUCUUAGAAAGCAGCCUCAGUUUUAUGACAAAUUUAUGCAUUUUGAAUUUAUGUGAGGGGUGUGUGUGUGUGUGUGUGCAUCCUGUGUCUGCCAGUUUGCUGGCGUUAUCAGCACAUUCCAUCGUUGCGUGCUCCAAAGUGACAUUCCUCUUUUUGCUCAUAACUGGUUUGUUUUCUCUUCCAGUUCUUUAUUUCAAAGCCACAUGUAUUUCAACUUCAGACAUUUUAAGCCUGGUCGUGUAAUUGUUUAGAUUAUUGUUUUGGUAUAUUUACAUAAAUUAAGAGCGUCAAAACCACACAUUGGACACAUUUGGAUUUCUAUGCUUUGAAUUUGAUUCGGUCCAGAGUUUCAGCUUCCCUUCUGAGGAUUGUGGGGAUUGUAUUGUCAUAUUUUAAACUCAGAGGAAAGUGGUUAGUUUAAGCAAAAACCUGCUUUGCUGUAUUGAGAAACAUAUUCAUGAUGAAACUGUAUGCUUUACUUCAAUAAUUUAUUGUGUUUCUCUAUUGUUUUAAUAAAAUAUCAGCUGGUUUGUCA